AUGCACAUUAUGAGUACAGAAGCCGCGAGCCUGGAUAACCUCCAGGUUGUGUCUCAGAGUGAUGACUACAUUGUGGUGGACAAGCACUGGGACAUCCGCAUAGACAGUAAAAUGUGGUAUGAGAAAUUGACCGUGCAGGCACAACUAAGACAGCAUUUCCCUGAGCUGGCUGAUCCUAACACCUACUAUGGAUUUAGAUUCUGUCAUCAAUUGGACUUCUCCACCAGUGGGGCUCUAUGUGUGGCCCUGAAUAAGGCUGCUGCUGGCCAGGCCUACCGCUGCUUUAAGGAUCGAACCGUUACAAAACUCUAUAUAGCUCUGUUGCGUGGUUGGGUUCAGGGGGAAGUGCAAACGUUGGACUUUUCUAUUGGCAAAAAUUCUUCUGAGGGCAAAACUCAUAUGAUGUGUAUUGAAGGAACAGAAGGAUGUGAAAACCCAAAGCCCUGCCUAACUGAACUGACAGUAUUACAGUUUGGAUUGUAUGAUGGAGAGCCUGUCACCAAAGUGCUACUAAAACCUCUGACAGGUCGUACCCACCAGCUGAGAGUCCACUGCAGUGCCAUAGCACAUCCUAUAGUUGGUGACUUUACCUACAGCCUUGGAACAGAUGAUGCUCCGUACCGCAUGAUGCUGCAUGCCUAUCUCCUGCGCAUUCCCCUGGAACCUCAGCCGCUGCUUGUAAUUACUGAAGACCCAUUUACCCCCACGGUGGACACUAAGUGGCACCCAGAGCGGUCUGUAAGAGCUCUUGAGGACACUGUUGCAGCAGUGCUGGAGUGCAAACUAGAAGAGGAAAGAAAGCAGAAAGAUGAAAAGCGGCAUGACUUGGAAGAAAAGUACAGAAAGUGUACUAUGAGAAAGCAAAAGGAGGAAGAGGUUAGGGAACAGACACAUCAGUGUCAGGAGUGGCUUAGUGAGUGGGGUGGAGAUGUUUGA